AGGUUUCUCGGCUCAGUCAGGCCUCAGUCACGAGUUGACCGCUGGGUUUCUUUCAUAGAGGUUAUGUGUGCGGCGGUGGCAACCAGUUCCUGUGAUAGCAUUAUGUUUACAGUGUCGGAACCCGUGUAGUUUUGAGUUCUGCUUUUUUUCUUACUACUAUGAAUUGUUCUAUAUAUGCUGUUCUCCUGCUAUUAGCUGUGAGCAGGUCCUCUUUUGUUCAUGCUAGUGACACUUCCACAGAGACUCCUGAUCCUGAAGCAAGAGAAUGUAUCCUGCCUGCAUUCCCCCAAAAUGGUAAUUAUACAUUUCCAAAGUGUGAGGGCAGCAACACCUUACAGUCCCACUGCUCAGGGACCCCUGGUACCUCGGUCCCUCCGUACUGGCUUCUGGCAUACACUUGUCACCAGGGAUACCACCUGCCACAAGAGCUCCAAGUCUACCACUCUCGCUGUCUCCACGGACUAUGGGCUCCAAUUCCUCCAGUUUGCUUGGAUGAAAAGGUAACAAAUUUUAUCAGUGAUGCCUACAAGCCAAAGUCCACCAGUAAGCCAGUGCCAGGGGGAUGUGUGCUGCCUAGACCACCCCAACAUGGUCAUUACUUUGCAUUCUGUACGGGAAGCUCCCAGAGUGACCCAGCAUGUGCCAACACUCCAGGGACUCCUGUGCCCCCCGGCUGGACAAUCACAUACUCCUGUGACUCUGGCUAUUCCAAGGUGGUUAAAAACGGACGUGCUCAAUAUGCUCGCUGCACCAACGGCGACUGGGAUAUGAAACCUCCUCUAUGUAUAAAGGAGUGUCCACCAUUAGAGUCAAAGAACCAGGAGUUCCGAUGUUUCCAUGGGCCAGAAGAGGUGGACUGUAGCAAGCCUAUGAUGCCUGGAACGAUUGCCAGUCACAGGUGCACAAAGCAGUUGUUAUGGUCUCGAGACCCCCAGGAUUCAGCACACUUACCUGCCUGUACUGCUGAGGGUGAAUGGACCUACUUACCCCCACUCUGCCAGCCGACUUGUGGAAUGUCCCUGAUAAACGGCAGUAAUCCAGGAAUCAUUGAUGGUGAUCCAUCACCUCUAGGUAACUUUCCUUGGCAUGCUGGCAUCUACCACAGAGAGCCAAACAACGGUGGCUGGGAACAGUUUUGUGGAGGAUCUCUGAUCAGGCCAAAUGUGAUAGUUACAGCCGCUUACUGUGUUGUGAAGGAAAGUAAAGAUCGCUCAAUACAACUCAUGGAUCCUAAGAACAUUCGAGUAGCACUUGGAAAGUAUUACAGAGACUGGAACAGAUUUGAACCAACAGAAAUCAAGAGGGAGGUGAUAAAAGUCAAAGUGCCAUCAGGCUACCGAGGCACCAGUACCAACUUUGAGUUUGACAUCGCCCUCCUGCUCCUCAGUGAGAAUGUGCCCACGAGUGCAACAGUGAUGACAGUUUGUCUCAACUCCUCUGCAGUUCAACACCUGACCAACUACAAGCUGGGAUAUAUAACAGGAUGGGGUAACUCUGAACACUUGGAGCCCAGUGACACAGUGUUGUAUUGUUCUUGGCCCUUCCAGGACUACCAAUCUUGCUUCUACAACAUGGUCAAGAACAAGAAAGGUUACAUUUCUGCUGACAAAUUUUGUGGUGGAGUUGAAGUUCGUGCUGCUGCAAGAAAAUCUAUCGGUGGAAGUUUUUCGUUUGUUGUGAACAACAAGCAUUACAUCUCCGGCAUCCUGAGCUCACAAGUGGUGCGAAGGGAAGAGGUAGAGUAUCUGCGAGAUAUCAGCUACCCAGUGUUCACCAACAUCACACACCCGACUCAUCGGCAAUGGAUAGAGGAGACCAUUUGCGAGUGGACAGCAGCUCCUAUUUUGCCACAUAAGAUUCUUUUACAACCAGAGUGUUCCAACUUUUAAUGAAAAUUCUAGACAUUGAAAUAAAUAUUUCAGUAACACUAAUGACUUAAAAAUAACACUGCCAUAUCUUGAGCUGGCUACUUAAAUAUGAUUUAGGUAAAGAUCUUACUCAAUAUCGAUAUUAGACCUCAUUAACUCAAUGAGCACUUAUUAGGGAAUGGUUCCAUGAUGGCUGGGUUGGUUUCAAACACACUGUUUCAAAGAACUUACUCCUCCAUGAUUAUUGGAAUGGUGCUAAAUACCUCAUCACAAAACUGUUUAGUUCAGUCCCAACUACAGCUUUAAGUCAAAGUCAAGAAUAUAUUUAUUACAUUAUAAGUAAAGUGUCACAGUAUUAAUGAAUAGUUAAAAAGUCGUUUUACAAUUGUAAUAAAAAAAUUUGUUUUUGAUACAGCGGUUUAUGGUCAAUCUUGCAGCCGGUUCUUCAGGUAUCGGAUGAGGAGCUGCAUGUUGCUAUUCUUCAAUACAUCUGGAAAGGUGUUCCACAUCUUGGCACCAAUACAACUUGUUUUCUUUUCUGUGGAAAUAAGUCGAUGCACAGGUAGCGAGUAGUUGUUUGCGUAUCUGCUGUUUUAAUUGUGAAUUUGCAAUCCACUUGGGUUAUUGUCUCCAGAAUUUACAGGUUGACCACGUGAGAAUCUUUGAUUAUUGCAAGGGUCUUCUAAAGGUUUCUCUGGGCUGCAGAUUACACAAAACCAAAAUUGCCUGUUUUUGAAGAACAAGAAUGUGUUGCAUGUUUGCCGCUGUAGUGCUGCUCCAGACUGCAAUCCCGUAUUAAAUGCUUGAUACACUGUUUUAGCUGUCACUAAAUUACUUGAAUUCUUCAUUUGUAUUAUUACAAAUAGGCCUUUACUUAAUUUAUUGUAGAGUGAGUUGUUGUAUGCUGUCCAUGAGAGUUUUUCAUCUAGUGUUAAGCCAAGGUAUUUUGUACUUGCGACAUUGUCAGGUAGUCUUCUGGUAUUCUUGCUUUACCUACCCAGGAUUAGUUGCUUGGUUUUACUUUCGUUCACAACAAGAUCAUUGUGAUGGCAGUAUUGUAUUGCCAUGUUUAGGGCAAUAUAGCUGUCUAUUUCAAGUUCAUCAGCUCUUGGUCUACCACGCAGUAGUACUGUGUCACCAGCACACAUUGCCAUUUCACUAUAGUCUUGCAUGUACACUGGGAAGUUAUUUGUGAAUCAUAUGAAAAGAACUGGUCCUAGGACUGACCCUUGCGGGACUCCUUGUGAGAUUUGUCUUUUUCGAGUUGACUUUUUUAGUUUUUUUCCAUUUUUACAUGUGUUAAUUCUAUUCAACCAGUUGGCUUCUAUUGGUUAGGUAACUGGAGAACCAUGACUGCAGUCCCAUAUACUCCUAGGGUGGUAAAUUUCUUUAGUACAUAGUCAUGGUCUAGGCAAUCAAAAGCUUUGCUGUAGUCUAGCAGUCUUUUUACAGAACUCUUCAAUAAUGGCUGGAAAAGUCACAAAUACUGCAUCACAGAACUUUUCCAAUGAUGAGUGGCUUGGUCUCUAUAUAUCACACCAUUGUACAGUUCCAUGACAGCUGUUCAUGGAAUAACACAUGCUGGUCCAAAUGCCACAUAGUGAAAUGAUUCUAUGAUGAAAUUGUAAUAUGUUUUCUAACCCUAUUAGACACUUGUGUUAUAUUAAUAUAGCACAAUAAAUGAAACCAAAAAACUUAUACACUUGCAUUAGUGCCACUUCACAGUUGCUAGUAAUCCAACUUUUUUUGUGGCUUUAAAGAUCUUCUAAUGCGCUAAGUUAUUACAUCUUUUAAUACGAUAAAUUAUUUUUAAUUUUACUAUUAUUUAGUGUUAUUUACUGUGUUAUUCACUUUUUAGUGUAAAAUGGAAUGUAGUAUGUUUGUUUAUAUAGUAAUUUAAUUUCAAAUAUAGGUAACUUUUUCUCUGUGUACCUUAUUAAAUAUUUCCUAAAGAUUUUACAUGAAUAACUGAGACUGUCAGUGAGCUACAUAUUUAAAACUUAUAAGAUUGUUACACUUACAGGAACAAAUGGAAUAACAAAUAUUUUAAGCAAUUUUUAACAUUACAUGAACAAAAUAAAGAAAUGUUUACCUAAAAA